AUGAUGAGGCCUAUUAUGCUCAAGGGGCAUGAACGUUCCCUGACCCAGGUGAAGUUCAACAGAGAGGGCGAUUUGCUUCUUUCCGUGGCCAAGGACAGAGUUGCGUCCGUGUGGUACUCGUCCAACGGUGAAAGACUGGGAACUUUCAUUGGUCACAUUGGUACUAUUUGGUCCAUCGAUAUCGACCCAGAAUCCGAGCUUGUUGUUACCGGAAGUGCUGAUUUCUCUGCCAAACUCUGGAACGCAAGGACUGGGGAAUGUGUUCAUACCUGGAGUCUGCCAUCUCCAGUGAGACGUGUUGAGUUCAACGCAACCGGAGAGAAGUUUCUGAUGGUGACGGAUCAGGUGAUGAAACAGCUGGGUUCUAUAGAGGUCUACCCAGUGAACAGAUCUGGACCCCAGGCUGAAGAACCAAUGCUUACCAUCACGACCAGAGAGGGCUUCGCCAAGGCCACUGUUGCUGGUUGGAGUUACGGCGGAUUGUACAUCAUUGCUGGACAUGCCGAUGGUACAAUCUCCAAGUACGAUGCCAAGACAGGCGAGUUUUUGGCAAGCACGAAACCACAUACCGAGACCGUGAGCGAUCUUCAAUUUUCGCCAGAUGGCACCUACUUUAUCACCUCGUCGAGGGACAAGACAGCACAUAUACUAGACGUGGACGGUCUCCAGAUGCUCAAGACCUACGAGACGGAUGCACCUAUGAAUUCUGCCGCGAUAACACCAGUCAAGGACUUUGUUAUUUUGGGAGGUGGUCAGGACGCCAAAGAUGUCACCACCACCUCUUCGAAGCAGGGUAAGUUCGAGGCCCGUUUUUUCCACAAAGUGUUCCAAGACGAGAUCGGUCGUGUCAACGGUCAUUUCGGUCCUUUGAAUUACAUCGCAGUCCACCCUCAAGGGACCUCAUAUGCUUCUGGCGGAGAAGAUGGUUAUGUCAGAUUGCACCACUUUGAGAAGAGCUACUUUGACUUUUUGUACGAUGUCGAGAGAACUGCCCAGGCGACUGCGUCUACUCAAACUGAGGUGAACUAG